ACAAAUUGCAGACACAGUCGAGUGCGCAUCGGAACGGCACUUCGGGGCACGGUUACGGGCAACGAGAACGACAUUCAGUUCCAAUACGGCUGCAAGGGGUGCGGAUGCAUGCCGCCACAUACUCAUCCUCAUCGCUAUUCGGCUAUUCGAGUCCUACCCACACUAUCGCGCGCUCAUAGUCGCAGUGGCAGUCGCAUUCAAGUGUCGCAAGUUCAAGUGCAAUUUGGCAAAUUGUUGUAUUUAUUUAAAUUGAAAGUGCCUCCUCUCAAGUGCUCAAGUGAUCCAACAAAACUCGUAAAAUGUUGCAACAUCAUCAGCAGCAAGCACAGGUGCCACAAUCCGGCGGAUAUUACGACUACAAUCAGUCGCCUAGUCCUGGCAGUCUGACCAAUGCGGAUGCCCUGAACACCACCCCAUUUUCAGUCAAGGAUAUAUUGAAUAUGGUCAAUCAAACGGAGGCAUACGAAGGCGCCUAUGGGCAUCUUGACAGUGCCGCGGCAGCUUCGGCGUUCUAUGGCGCCGGCGAGUACCAGCAGCAUCUUCACCAGCAUCCGCAUCAGUACCAGCAACAGCAACAGGAUUUGCCAGCGGCGUCGCAGCAGCAACUGCACCAUCAUCUGGUCGAGCAUCAGGAGGAUGCCACCACAUCGUCGUCGCUGUCGCCACUAUUGCCGCCCCCGCCCCACGGCCACCAUCAGUUGUACGGCAGCUAUCAGGACUAUGGCAUGCCCGCCCACAUGUUCCAGCAUCACCAUGGACAUCCGCACCAGAGUUUCCAGCCAGCCGCCUCGGCCUACAACAUGUCCGCCACGCAGUUCUACGCCGGAGCCACGGCCCCGUCCUAUCAAAGUCCCGCCACAUACAACUACAAUUAUGCCGGAGCCGGUGAUGCCUAUCCGCAGCACUCCCCGGCCGUCACCAUCAAGAGCGAGUACAUACCCACGCCGUAUGUCACGCCCUCCCCCACCCUGGACCUGAACAGCUCCGCCGAGGUGGAGAGCCUUGCGCCGGCGCAGAAACUAUGCGGCAAUCCGCUCUCGCAGAGACUCCUGGAGACGGUCAGCAAUUCGGCCUCGCUGCGGAGCAUUCACAGCACGGACGAGGGCGCUAAAAGAAAGGACAACAGCCAGGUGACCUCUUCGCGUUCCGAGCUGCGCAAGAACAGUUCCAGUGGCAGCAAUCACAGCAGCAGCAUGAACAGUAAUGGAUCCAGCAAGCCCCGAAUGAAACGCAAGCCUCGGGUGCUCUUCUCUCAGGCCCAGGUCUUGGAGUUGGAGUGCCGUUUUCGGCUGAAGAAGUAUCUGACGGGAUCAGAGCGUGAGAUAAUUGCCCAGAAGCUAAAUCUGUCGGCCACGCAGGUGAAGAUCUGGUUCCAGAAUCGUCGCUACAAGUCGAAGCGGGGCGACAUCGAUUGUGAGGGCAUUGCCAAGCAUCUCAAGCUCAAGGUGGAACCACUGCACUCUCCCACAACGCUCCCACCACCCAUGCCCAAUCAUAUGAUGUGGCCACCCACAGUCCAGCACUCCCAGCAGCAACAUCACCAACAGCAGCAGCUGCCACACCUCCAAUAGCUGAGGGGCAGGAAGAUGGGAUGGUGUUCUUAAUUUAUUGCAAUUUAACGCAGAAUCUAUGUUGUAGCCUAAAGAAAAUGCCUCAUAGCUCUAGUACCUUGUUUUAUGUAUAUAUCGGACAAUAAAUAAAGUUUAAGACAAACUA